CUCAAAGCCACUGUACUGUACAAUUAUACAGAGUACAAUAGUAUAGCUACACAUCAAACAAGACGACUUGCCUCCCAUUAUUGCUGUUUCCUCCAAUAUUAUUGUAGGCAGGAGCCUCGCAUAUGGCCCUCCGAGGGACGUCAUAGACAGGUGUCGUCAGCUCCUCGUAGUCAUCAUCUACACCAGCCU